AUGGCUGCCGCUAGUGCAAGUGCGGGCCGCGCCGGCAUGAACGCUAGUAGUGCUCUGUGCGUCGUCCUGCUAGUCGUCAUGGCGGCCGGCGGGGCGUCGGCGCAGCUGUCGACGGGGUUCUACUCGAGCUCGUGCCCGGGCGCGCUGGGCACAGUCGCGUCGGUGGUGCAGUCGGCCGUGGCGAAGGAGCCGCGCAUGGGCGCGUCCAUCCUCCGCCUUUUCUUCCACGACUGCUUCGUCCAGGGCUGCGACGGGUCGCUGCUCCUGGACGACACGGCGAGCUUCCAGGGGGAGAAGACGGCGAUGCCCAACAACGGGUCGGUGCGAGGGUUCGAGGUCAUCGACGCCAUCAAGGUGGCCGUCGAGAAUAUCUGCCCCGGCGUCGUCUCCUGCGCCGACGUCCUCGCCAUCGCCGCCAGGGACAGCGUCGUCGCCCUGGGCGGGCCGAACUGGGCAGUGAAGGUCGGGCGGAGGGACUCCACGACGGCGAGCUUCAGCGGCGCCAACAACAACAUCCCCCCGCCGACGUCGGGGCUCGCCAACCUCACGUCACUGUUCGCAGCGCAGGGACUCUCCCAAAAGGACAUGGUCGCGCUCUCCGGAUCUCACACCAUAGGCCAAGCUCGCUGCACGAACUUCCGAGCACACAUCUACAACGAGACCGACAUCGACAGCGGCUUCGCCGGGACCCGCCAAUCGGGCUGCCCUCCCAACUCCGGCUCCGGCGACAACAACCUAGCACCGCUGGACCUCCAGACCCCGACCGCCUUUGAGAAUAACUACUACAAGAACCUGGUUGCCAAGAAGGGGCUCCUGCACUCCGACCAGGAGGUCUUCAACGGCGGGGCCACCGACCCCCUGGUCCAGUACUAUGUCAGCAGCCAGAGCGCUUUCUUCGCAGACUUCGUGGCAGGCAUGAUCAAGAUGGGAGAUAUCUCGCCGCUCACAAGGAACAAUGGAGAGAUCAGGAAGAACUGUAGGAAGAGUAACUAA